AUGAAUGACACCACGGCAAUCACAUUGCCAGGAUAUACUCCAGGUUUCUGUCCUGAACACAUUGGAGUACCACCACCGGCAUUUCAAACUGAUGUAAUACAUCCGCCUAUUCUCAAUCAAGUGCCUGGGCUGUAUUCCUCAAAAGAAGGACUCGAUGGCUUCUUUAUCCCACCCAAUGCGGUUUUUGACAUGGAGCCUGGGUUGCGUCGAUAUGAUUGCGUACCCGGACCAUCCGGCAAUCCCCCGUCAGUCACAUUGCCAACUGACGAGACCGAAAGAGUCGGCAGCUGGCAGCCUGAUGCCCGGGGGCAGUUGCAGCAAAUCAUGCAGAUUUCGGGACAAAGCAGCUCCUCAGGGGUCGAUCCAAGCCGUCCUAGAAACCAAAAGCCUAAACGAAUGCCAAAAACAGACCAGUUUGAAAAGCCCAAACGUCAGCGCAAUGCUAAGAAUAAUACCACGGCCGCGGCCAAAUACCGCUGCCGCAGACGGGAUGAGGCAUCGGCGCUUACUUCUCAAGAGCAGUCUUUGGAACAGCAGAACCGAUAUCUUUCCGCAUGCAUAGAAGCUUUAACUGUUGAGAUAAAUUAUCUCAAGACCCAGCUGUUACAGCAUACGAGUUGCAGCUGUGUUCUCAUCCAAACCUACAUCGCGUCGGAGGCCAAGAGGAUUGUCGAGAGUGGUCUCCCUGAUUCUUCGGCUUUUCAAGCCAACCUUGGCUCAACAAGCCGAAGUCGUCCAAGUCAAAGUGAAACAGUCGAUAGCCCACAAGAGUCGUUGGGUAUACUGAUACCAGGGUCCGAAGCAAAGUCCCUAGCUUGGCCGCAGUCCAUUCAACAAGACUUUGCAUCUUCGAUGAUGGGAGGUGGUAUGGCGGAUAUGAUCACGGAACCUUAUAGCAAGGGACUGGUAUAUAUGCAUAACCAGUAUCUUGUCAAUAUGGCACUUCCUUGUCAAACUGGAUCUUAG